AUGGAAAACAGCCUCGUCGAACUCGAUUCCAUCGCCAUCACAGCGAUCGUCAACGAUGAGAUCGACCUUAUCAGCCCAUCUCGACACCCUGAUGUUCAUCAUCCCGGGUGUUUCACAGGUGUGCCGUUGGUAUCUCACCAGGGAGAACAAGAAUGGACGCACUCUCGUGGCGGUGCCAGUGUGGAGAUGAGGAUGGACAGGAUUUGUUGUGGUGCACAUGGACUUUGCCUACUGGUGUCUGCAACAAAAGGUGAAGAGACCCAUACGUUGAUGUUUGACGCCGGCCCGGAAGCAGAAGCAUUCGAGCGCAAUGUAAGACGGCUCGGCUUGAUCGACGGCAGCGGUGGUGACAUUGGCACUGUUGAAACUAUACUUCUCUCACAUUGGCAUCGGGAUCAUUCUGGCGGUUUACUCAAGGCCAUCGAAAUGAUCAAUCGACAGAGAACAACCCAGGCGCAGCGCAAUUCAGCGGGAUCGGAACUUGCUGUCGACAUUCCUCCUGAGCGACCUCUCUAUCGCGGAAUAGCGCACCCGGCUGGUCCAAUCUGCCUUGAAGCCGAUCCCAGCCCUGAGGAAAUCGCUGGAGCAGGAGCCUGCGUCGUUGAGCGCGCAGCUACCGAGACCAUUCUGGGUGGCUUCUUCGGAGUGACUGGCAUGAUCCCAAGAAAGACUACCUACGAAACCGGGAUCGCCGGUGGUCUGAGAUUCGAAAAAGCUCAUGGCUGCGAGCAAGGGACCUGGCUCAAGGAUGAGGAAAUCCAGGAAGAAAGGGUUGUUGUGUGCCGGCUCAAGGGAAAAGGCCUGGUCGUCUUCACAGGUUGUUCGCACGCCGGUAUCAUCAAUAUCGCCAACCACGUACUGGACACUUUCUCGACCGCUUCCAGAAGGCAGCACGAUUUCUAUGCCUUGGUCGGCGGCUACCAUCUGGCGGAUGCCUCAGAGUCACGCCUGCAAAGCACCUUGACCGACUUGACCGAUCUCGGGCCAAAGCUGCUCAUGCCAGGACACUGUACGGGGUGGCGAUUCAGAGCACUUCUUGAACAGCGAGACCAAGGGCCGCCCAGCGACAACUCUCAGGCAGGGUCCUUGGAAGCCAGAAGCUUGAAAGGCCGGACCGUGCCCCUGUUUGCAGGGAACCGAUACCAGCUCUCUAGCGUCUAA